UAUUCACCUACCACCUUUCCUCUUUUCCUCCUCCUCAUCCUCUUCCUCUUCUCUUCUCUCUUCUCCAUCUGCAUCUUUUUCUCCCCUUCUCCUUCUUCAUCGCUUCUUCCAUCGUAAUCGCAUUCACUGCGUUCUUUCCUUCCCCACAAUCUUUCUGGGCAAUCAGUGAACUCCCCCCACCAUAGUUCAUCGGCCUCAAUUUCACCAAUAGAACACACACGGGGAUGGGGUACAGAGAAGAAGGCGUCUCUUCGGAGAUGCCUGUCAAGUAUGAAAUGUCCAACGAUGUCAAAGCUGCUGAGGAGGGUGUGAUGGAGUCUCAACCCCAUGUCGACCUUCAUCGAGGUCUCAAGUCGCGUCACAUCACCAUGAUUGCCAUUGGUGGUGCUAUUGGUACUGGACUCAUCAUCGGAACUGGAAGUGCUCUUGCAAAGGCUGGCCCCGGUUCUAUUCUCAUCUCCUACUCUUUCGUCGGUUUCAUCGUCUAUCUGGUCAUGUGUGGUCUUGGAGAAAUGGCCACUUGGUUGCCCAUGCCCUCCGGUUUCACUGGUUAUGCUGCCCGUUUCUGUGACCCUGCUCUUGGAUUCGCCAUUGGUUGGACGUAUUGGUUCAAGUAUAUUAUUGUCACACCGAACCAGUUAACGGCCGGCGCGCUGGUCAUAUCAUUCUGGAUCGAUGCCUCACGAGUUAAUGCAGGCGUGUGGAUCACCGUCUUCCUGGUGCUGAUCAUCUCCAUCAACUACUUUGGUAUCCGCUUCUUCGGUGAAUUCGAGUUCUGGCUGUCCUCCUUCAAAGUGAUCGUCAUUGUCGGUCUGAUUCUGCUCUCCUUCAUUCUGAUGCUGGGCGGCGGCCCCGAUCACGACCGCAAGGGCUUCCGGUACUGGAAGGAGCCUGGUGCGUUCAACUGGUAUAUCGAGGAUUCGGCCGCGGGUCGUUUCUAUGCCUUCUGGGCGACCAUGGUCUCGGCCACGUUCGCUUAUCUGGGUACCGAACUGGUCGGCGUGACUGUCGGCGAGGCCCAGAACCCACGCAAGACGAUCCCGCGCGCCAUCAAGCUCACCUUCUACCGGAUUCUCUUCUUUUAUGUGAUCAGCGUUCUGCUCGUCGGCACCCUGGUCCCCUACGACUCCAAGAGCCUGGUCUUCGCGACCAAGAAGGCUAGCUCCGCAGCUGCCUCCCCCUUCGUCGUUGCCAUCGAGCUGGCCGGCAUUCGCAUCCUUCCCCACAUCCUCAACGGCUGCAUCCUCCUCUUCGUCUUCUCCGCCGCUAACUCGGAUCUGUACAUCGCCACUCGUACCAUUUACGGUCUCGCUCGCGAGGGCAAAGCGCCCGCUAUCUUCGCCCGCACAGACCGCCGCGGCGUCCCCAUCUAUGCCCUGGCCAUCUCCGCCUGCUUCGCCUGCUUGGCCUACAUGAACGUCUCCAGUGACUCCAAGACCGUCUUCAAAUACUUUGUGGAUCUGGUCACCAUUUUCGGCCUCCUCACCUGGAUCUCCCUGCUCAUCACCCACAUCUACUUCGUUCGCGCCCGCAAAGCCCAACACGUCCCUGAGUCCGACCUCGUAUACACAGCCCCCUUCGGCGUCGCAGGCUCCUACUUCGCCCUUGUCUUCUGCUGCCUUAUUGCCCUCACAAAGAGCUACGACGUCUUCGUCCACAGUGCCACCUAUGGCAACUUCAACUACAAGGGCUUCAUCACCGCGUACCUUGGUAUCCCCGUCUACCUGUGCCUCAUCUUCGGGUACAAGCUCUUCACCCGCUGCAAGGGCGUCAAGCCCGAGGAGGCGGAUCUUUGGUCGGGCAAGGACGAGAUCGACCGCGAGGAGGCGGAGUACCUGGCUCGCAAGGCGAUGGAAGAAACAACUCACAAGCGUGGGAACUGGUUUUAUCAGACGUUUGUGGCGUGGUUGUUCUAGACUUCUGUGUUCGGUUGUUUACUUGUUUCCUUUUCUUUUUUGCGAAUAUGCGUUUUGGAUGUGAUCCGAGCUAGGGCGGUCCUGCCUCACAAUGCUAUUAUGAAAUCAUGACUCGCCGACAUGUACAUAACAUAAUCAUCAAUGAAUUACAUGGAUAUCUGUCAAUGGAAUUGUGCCCGGGGUUAGUGUCGUAUGACAAGUACAAUAAAAUCAUAAUUCAUUACCGUCGUUGGUACAUAACGACAAUGCGAGAUAUUAA